CCGAGGUGCAAAGCAUUAUGGGGAUUGUAGUUCUUCAGUGGAGAGGUCGGGCCGCUCCCUGGCCGCCCUGAGCCGGCGGCUAGACUGCGCAUGCGUGUCAGUGGCGCUAGCUGCGGACCCGGCUGGCAGUUCCUUCCUCGGAAGGAGAGAUUCCCCUGCCAUGGAGUCCUACGAUGUGAUCGCCAACCAGCCUGUCGUGAUCGACAACGGAUCCGGUGUGAUUAAAGCUGGCUUUGCUGGUGAUCAGAUCCCCAAAUACUGCUUUCCUAACUAUGUGGGCAGACCCAAGCAUGUUCGUGUCAUGGCAGGAGCCCUCGAAGGUGAUAUCUUCAUUGGCCCCAAAGCUGAGGAGCACCGAGGGCUGCUCUCAAUCCGCUACCCCAUGGAGCACGGCAUCGUCAAGGACUGGAAUGACAUGGAACGCAUCUGGCAAUAUGUCUAUUCUAAGGACCAGCUCCAGACUUUCUCAGAGGAGCAUCCUGUGCUCCUAACUGAGGCGCCAUUAAACCCACGGAAAAACCGGGAACGAGCUGCCGAAGUUUUCUUCGAGACCUUCAAUGUGCCAGCUCUUUUCAUCUCCAUGCAAGCUGUGCUUAGCCUUUAUGCCACAGGGAGGACCACGGGUGUGGUGCUGGAUUCUGGGGAUGGCGUCACCCAUGCCGUGCCCAUUUACGAGGGCUUUGCCAUGCCCCACUCUAUCAUGCGCAUCGACAUCGCUGGCCGGGACGUCUCUCGCUUCCUUCGCCUCUACCUGCGUAAGGAGGGCUAUGAUUUCCACUCAUCCUCCGAAUUUGAGAUUGUCAAGGCCAUAAAAGAAAGAGCCUGCUACCUAUCCAUAAACCCCCAGAAGGAUGAAACACUGGAGACAGAGAAGGCUCAGUACUACCUGCCUGAUGGUAGCACCAUUGAGAUUGGUCCUUCCCGAUUCCGGGCCCCUGAGCUGCUGUUCAGGCCAGACUUGAUUGGUGAGGAGAGUGAGGGCAUCCACGAAGUCCUGGUGUUUGCCAUCCAGAAGUCUGACAUGGACCUGCGGCGCACACUUUUCUCCAACAUUGUCCUCUCGGGAGGCUCCACCCUAUUCAAAGGUUUUGGUGACAGGCUACUGAGUGAAGUGAAGAAACUGGCUCCAAAAGACGUGAAGAUUAGGAUAUCCGCACCUCAGGAGAGACUGUAUUCCACAUGGAUUGGGGGCUCUAUCCUUGCCUCCCUGGACACCUUUAAGAAGAUGUGGGUCUCCAAGAAGGAAUAUGAGGAAGACGGUGCCCGAUCCAUCCACAGGAAAACCUUCUAAUGUUGGGACAUCAUCUUCACCUCUCUCUGAAGUUAACUCCACUUUAAAACUCGCUUUCUUGAGUCGGAGUGUUUGCGAGGAACUGCCUGUGUGUGUGAGUGUGUGUGUGUGGGUAUGAGAGUGUGUGCACAUGUGUGAGUGCGUGUGGCCCGGGGAUCCCUGGGCCCAGAAAGGACGAUGGACUACCCACAGUGGCGAUGGCCUGAGGCCUGAGGUUGACCACUAACUGGCCUGACAGGGAAGAGUGCUGGCAGAGGCCAUGCUGCUUCCCCGGCUGAGCCUUUGGCUGGCUGCGUGGGCCUACGUUUACUACCACAGGGAGACGGAGAGGGAGGUAAGCCAAUCCCCCGGGAGACCUUGCUGCUGCCCACCAGGCUGGGCCGGCCCCAUCCCCACCCCCAGAGGCCCAGGCAACUGCUGCCUCCCCUUGCUCGUCACUCUGUUCUCGAUGCCUCCUGACCACGUGCUGAGAGGACUGGGGCUGGGGCUGAGUCCUGUCUGGUUGUGUCGCCAUUUUGGUUUGGGAGGCUGGAAGAACACUCUAGGAGUGGUUACAGAGACUCUGGGGUCAGGAGAGAACAGGAGGUCCUCAAGUUCACCUGGGGACCACGCCAGGCAUUGGAGGAGGGCAGGAGUCAUGCUACUUCUGGUUGGCUGCAGAGCUAAUGCUGCAAGCCCAGCCAGUCCCCUUUUAGGUCUCGGGAGAGUUUAAGGAGCCUCCAGGUCCUGUCCUCGCUUUUCAUUCAUCCUUGUUGCAAUGCCAUCUUCAGUUUUACUUAUUGAAGUGUUUGUUCGGUGAGGGGCUGGAGAGGGGGAGCUCACCACCUCCCGCCCUGUUCACACUAAUGUUUACAGACCUACACUUAGCCUAGCACCCAGGGCCCUGCCUCUCCCUGCUGCUGAGCUGACAGUAUCCAUAGGCUGCAGGAGCACUUGGGAUUGCAGGCUACACUGAAAUGCACUCCCACCAGCCUCUCUCUCCCUCUUCUACUGGCUGGAAUGAACAGGCUGGUUGCUGGCUGGAUUCUCUGAAACAGGAGGUACAAUCACUCUUUGGCAGAGACCCCAGGCAAAGGAGGGUUUUAGAGCUCUAGUACCCUUAGGACUGGAGAAAACUGCAAUUAACCAAGUUGCCUUUGCCACUCUAGCUGACCAGAGGACUAGGUUGUGGGGGUGGGACAGCCCCCUCUGGGCUGAUCUUGUGCCAUUCUUGACUUUGGGCCUGUUUGGUUAGGGAGGGAGAGGACCAGAUGCUGAUGGGCCCAGGCCUGACUUCUCAGAGUGGUCCAAAGCCCUUCAGCCCAGAUCAUGCAAAGCCGGGGCCAGCCUGUUUUCACCGGCACCGUCACCCGUGACACCAAGACCCACCCUAAUCCCAGAUUCCAGGCAGUAUUCUCUCCUACGCCAUCCUGUGACCAAAGGCCCCUGCCAGAUGUGGGCCACAGCAGCAGGUGUGUGUGAAAGCAGUGUGGCGCCCCGCGGACUGCAUAACCAGCUCACCUCCCUUCUCUUAGCCCAAGCCUGUCCCUCGUACAGCCUCGCACAAACCAUGUUGCCUGGUGGGGCCCAGUGUACUGAAAUAAAGUCGUUCCAAUAGACACAUCA